AUUGAUGUUUUCAGCACCACUAAGCUCUUGCCGUAUAUAAUAAAAUUCCAAUCCGCAAUCCGUAUAUACACACUACGUCCGGUCCGCUUCGCUCCGACCGUGCCGACUGCUACUAGUGUUUUAUUUUGUACAGCCCCCUAAGUUUAGUGGACGAUAUCAACUUCACACACACUCCAGGCACAUUUAUCGGCCCCCUACCUACGAAAUUCUGAAGUGCAUUUCUACGGCUAUACUGUUUUCCCCCAUUUCCUUUCGAGGCGGCAUAACGGAUAGAGGUGAAAAGAGAAAAGUUGAAAAAUAUAAAUUAAAACUGAAUUGAAGCGAGGAAAAUACAAAACAACAGCAAUACGACCGACACUUACUACAAUAAAACAACAGCGGUUUGUUAUUUUUUUUCCAGUGUGCUCUUGUGAGUGUGUGAACCGUACGGUGUUCUUUUUUUCGCGGCGCGGUGCGGCUCUGUUGUUGUUGUUGCUGCCUCAAAUCGCACACCGACACCGAAAAACACACACACACACAUAUAAUACAAUUGCAGUGUCGUAUCGAAGGGAAUAAAAAGAAAAAUAUAAAUAAAUUAAUGUGUGACAACAAACGCCAAGCUAACGCUCGAGUCUGAAAUAAAAACGGAACGGAAAGCCAGCAGCAGCAGCAGCAGGAGAGAAAAAGCAGGACAAGAGCAGCGGGUCAGCAUGGACCUAAUCAAUAAGUUCAACGAUGCAUUUUGGAGUACGCACAUUUGGCUGCCGCCGAACACGACAUGGGCGGACAUAGCGCCGGGCUCGCGUCCGGAUGUGGUGCACGCCAACUACAAGGACCUCAUCUGGCCCAUACCCUUCGCCGCCGUGGUCAUGCUGGUCCGCUACACGCUGGAGCGUUUUUGGAUAUCACCCAUUGGCAAAUCGCUGGGCAUACGCAGCUCUAGACCUAAGAAAGCGGCAAAUGUUCCUAUAUUGGAGACGGCCUAUGCCAAGUCGACGCGAUUGGAUAACAAAUGGCUGGCUCCCCUGUCCAAGCAGACGGACAUGACCGAGCGACAGAUCGAGCGAUGGUGGCGCCUACGAAGGGCCCAGGAUAAGCCAUCGACGCUGGUUAAAUUCUGUGAGGAUACAUGGCGCUGCAUCUACUACCUGUACAGCUUCAUUUUUGGUGUGAUUGUGCUGUGGGACAAGCCCUGGUUCUGGGAUGUGAAGAGCUGCUGGUACGGCUAUCCGCAUCAGUCCAUUACCAAUGAUAUCUGGUGGUACUAUAUGAUUUCAAUGUCCUUCUACUGGUCCCUCACCGGCACCCAGUUCUUUGAUGUGAAGCGCAAAGACUUUUGGCAAAUGUUCAUCCAUCACAUGGUCACCCUCCUGCUAAUGUCGCUGAGCUGGGUGUGCAAUCUGCAUCGCGUCGGUUCGCUGGUGCUGGUUGUACACGACUGCGCCGACAUUUUCUUGGAGGCGGCCAAGUUAACCAAGUAUGCCAACUAUCAGAAGCUCUGUGAUGCCAUAUUUGCUAUCUUUACUGUGGUGUGGAUUGUCUCACGAUUGGGCUUUUAUCCUCGCAUCAUCUACAGUUCAUCCGUGGAGGCACCGCGCAUUCUACCCAUGUUCCCAGCCUAUUACAUCUUCAACUCACUGCUUUUGAUGCUGCUCGUCCUGCACGUCAUCUGGACAUAUAUGAUUCUCAAGAUUGUGGUCGACUCUUUGCAGAAGGGUCUGAUGUCCGGUGACAUACGUUCCAGUGAUAGUGAGGAUCUCACAGACAGUUCGGAGAAUGCGCGUCUGGCCAAUGGGUCGGCGCGUUCCAAGAACAAGUCGAACAGCGGGGCGCCAGGAGGAGGAGCUGCUGCUGUAACCCAACGCAAGUCGGCCAAUAAUGCCAAUAAUCACACAAAUGCUGCUGCGACAACGUCCAAGUAGAUCACAGGAAGGAGAACAGGGGUCAGGAGAGACAGAAGCAGCAACAACAACAGCAGAUGCAGCAGCAGAACACACACACAAACACAUGCAAAGACACACCCACCCACAUAUACCCCCUCCCACACACACACACACACACACACAAACACAAACACAUACUACACACUAAAAACCAAACCAGUUCAGAACGUUUUUAUGUUAAUUAUUAUUUUUAUAUAUUAAAUUUUUUUUUUAAGCUAAACAAGAUGAGAAACCAAAACGAAAAUUUCAAUAAAAGCGAGAAAAUUGAUGCGUAAA